GGCACCGGGAGCGGGCGCUGGAGGCGGCGGGAGGCUGGAGCUCGUUGCCCAUCUUGGUGCUGACCUCCAAGCAGCGGCUGGUGAACAGCAGGGCUGCGGGGCUGAGCAUGGGAGCCGGGGCCAGUGCCGAGGAGAAGCACUCCCGAGAGCUGGAGAAGAAGCUCAAGGAAGACGCUGAGAAAGAUGCCAGGACCGUCAAGCUGCUGCUGCUGGGAGCAGGGGAGUCGGGGAAGAGCACCAUUGUCAAGCAGAUGAAGAUCAUCCACCAGGACGGUUACUCGCUGGAGGAAUGCCUGGAGUUCAUUGCUAUCAUUUACAGCAACACGCUCCAGUCCAUGCUGGCCAUCGUGCGGGCCAUGACCACCCUCAACAUCCAGUACGGGGACACGGCUCGCCAGGAUGAUGCCCGUAAGCUGCUGCACCUCUCGGACACCAUCGAGGAGGGGACCAUGCCUAAGGAGAUGUCAGAAAUCAUCGGACGGCUCUGGAAGGACUCGGGCAUCCAAGCCUGCUUUGACCGCGCCUCCGAGUACCAGCUCAAUGACUCUGCCGGCUACUACCUGUCAGACUUGGAGCGCCUGGUGACCCCCGGCUACGUCCCCACAGAGCAGGACGUGCUGCGUUCCCGCGUCAAGACAACCGGCAUCAUCGAGACCCAGUUCUCCUUCAAAGACCUCAACUUCAGGAUGUUUGAUGUGGGCGGACAGCGCUCAGAGAGGAAGAAGUGGAUCCACUGCUUUGAGGGUGUGACCUGCAUCAUCUUCAUCGCGGCUCUCAGUGCCUACGACAUGGUCCUGGUGGAGGAUGAUGAAGUGAACCGCAUGCAUGAGAGCCUGCACCUCUUCAACAGCAUCUGCAACCACCGCUACUUUGCCACCACCUCCAUCGUCCUCUUCCUCAACAAGAAGGACGUUUUCCUGGAGAAGAUCAAGAAGGCCCAUCUCAGCAUCUGCUUCCCCGACUAUGACGGUCCCAACACCUACGACGAUGCGGGCAACUACAUCAAGCUGCAGUUCCUGGAGCUGAACAUGCGGCGGGAUGUGAAGGAGAUCUACUCCCACAUGACCUGCGCCACCGAUACCGAGAACGUCAAGUUCGUCUUUGACGCCGUCACUGACAUCAUCAUCAAGGAGAACCUCAAGGACUGCGGGCUGUUCUGAGCCCCAGCCGAGCACCCCCUCCCCUCGGGACCAGCCCCACUGCUGACCCCAUUCCACC